AUGAGACAGUCGUGCCAUCGUCUGCUUGAGCACCAACAGGCAGGGGGGGAAGAACCCCCUCUUUACUCACCAGUAGACCAAAUUUCAGUGGUACCGGAACAUGUGGGCCGCGAGGCCGGCGGCAAGCUGACACGAUAUGCGCCGACGGAGGAGGACGAGGCAACACUCAGGGAACUUCUACUUAGCCUUCAGAGACAGGUGAGCGUGAUGAGUAUGAAUCUUUCCGCCAAAUUGGACGAGUUACAGCGUGGCGACCGGCAGCUCGAGACCACGGUUGCUCUGUGCGAGAUAAGAACUCAACUCCAAGAGCUAACCAAGAGCGUUGAAUCAUGUCAGAGUGAAGUUUCCGAGGUGAAGCGAGACAUGGUCGCCAUCAAGCAAGAAUUAGACACCGUGCAACAGGUCAAAGAGGAGAUUGAAGAGUUGCGCGAGUAUGUUGACAGAUUGGAAGAACACACGCAAAGGCGGAAACUGAGAUUGCUUGAACAAGGCUUAACAUUCUUCCUGUCCUACGCUAUACUAGCCGCGGUCCUCGGAAUGCUGCAAUUUGGCUACAACACUGGUGUCAUCAACGCUCCUGGCAGAAACAUCGAAAACUUCAUGAAAGACGUAUACAAAGAUCGCUAUGGGAAGGAUAUACAAGACGACGCUGUUAACACGUUGUACUCGAUCGCUGUUAGCAUUUUUGCCAUUGGUGGGAUGCUUGGUGGGUUUUCGGGUGGGAUGAUCGCGAAUCGGUUUGGAAGGAAGGGUGGACUAUUGCUCAAUAACAUUCUCGGUAUUAGCGGCGCAAGUCUAAUGGGAUUUACAAAGAUUUCGCAUUGUUAUGAAAUGCUAUUCUUCGGUAGAUUCAUCAUCGGCGUUAAUUGCGGGCUAAAUACAUCUUUAGUGCCAAUGUACAUAUCUGAGAUUGCACCUUUGAACCUUCGCGGAGGACUGGGCACAGUAAACCAGCUAGCUGUCACAGUAGGAUUGCUUCUAUCGCAAGUACUUGGUAUCGAGCAAAUUCUCGGCACCGACGACGGCUGGCCAAUACUCCUGGGUUUAGCCGUGUGCCCAGCAAUAUUGCAACUAUUGCUCUUGCCCGCUUGUCCUGAAUCCCCACGCUAUCUGCUUAUUACUCGACAGUGGGAGGAAGAGGCCCGUAGAGCAUUAAGAAGAUUACGAGCUAGCAACCAGGUUGAAGAAGAUAUCGAAGAAAUGCGAGCAGAAGAAAGGGCUCAACAGGCUGAAGCGUCAAUAUCGAUGAGAGAGCUCCUCUGUUCUCCAACUCUUCGCGCACCGUUGCUUAUUGGCGUCGUGAUGCAACUGUCUCAACAACUUAGCGGAAUUAAUGCGGUGUUCUAUUAUUCGACCUCGCUGUUCACAUCAUCGGGUCUCACCGAAGAAUCGGCAAAGUUCGCAACAAUGGGUAUUGGAGCCAUCAUGGUGGGGAUGACUCUCGUCUCUUUGCCCCUCAUGGACCGCACUGGACGCCGAACCUUACAUCUGUACGGGCUUGGCGGAAUGUUCAUCUUCUCAAUAUUCAUCACUAUCUCGUUUCUUAUAAAGGAGUUUUUCGGCUAUGUGCAGGAAAUGAUAGACUGGAUGAGUUACCUGUCGGUUGUGUCGACGUUGAGCUUUGUGGUGUUCUUCGCUGUGGGUCCUGGUUCUAUUCCUUGGCUGAUCACUGCCGAACUCUUCUCUCAAGGACCGAGGCCGAGCGCUAUGGCAAUUGCCGUUCUAGUGAACUGGAUGGCCAAUUUCGUUGUUGGAAUCGGCUUUCCAAGCAUGAAGGCUCUACUGGAAAACUAUACAUUCCUGCCUUUUAGUGUAUUCCUUGCAAUUUUUUGGAUAUUUACGUAUAAAAAAGUUCCUGAAACAAAAAACAAGACCUUCGAGGAGAUAUUAGCGUUGUUCCGGAAUUCUAACGGCAGGCUUGGGUAUGACCGUGCUGGGUGUAUGUACAGGGACAGUUUUCGGGACAGCCGACUCUAUGGAAGUAUGAUGAACUGUGUGAACGCUUUGGAACAACAGUUGCCGCCGCCACCACCAGCCCCCGUCGACGAAAAACAUGACUCACUGUCGGAGCAAUCGUCGGCUGGGGGGGAGGCGGGCCGGCCACCUCCACCACUGCCGCCCCCGAGGUUCCCUGCCACCGGCAACGUCUGA